GAUAAAAUAUGCUUAUAUCGCACUAUGAAAUUCACAGUUACAAGAAGUGGAUUAUACAUAAUAGAAACUGAAAGCCUGAAACCAAACCAAACAAUUCAAAACUUUAUGCGUCUCUGAUAUUAAUGGUUUCAAUUUGGUUUCACCAUUCUUAAUCUUUUAAAAGCGAAACUAACAAAAUUCGGAAUUCACAAAUUUAUGCUCAAAGCUAAACUAAAUUAUAUGUUAAUUCGAUUAGAACAUUGAAUAUUCGUUAGAUCCAACUCGGACUAAUCUUUGUUCAUCUCAAAUUGAGAGCAUGUGGUGAAAUGUUGCUUCAAUUUUGUUUCCUUUCAGGGACUAUGAUCAUGGUAGUCCUGAACUUUGGAGAAGUUGAAUUUUUCUUUCAAUUGAGUAAUGUAUACAUAUCACAUCUCCAAUAUAUUGUAUUUGCCUCCAUCCAUGAUAAUUGGCUAUCACUAUAGGAACAAUAAGUAUUUUCACUUUGUUUGGUAGUAUCAUCACAAUAAUUAAGAUGAUAGCCCCUAGAGAGAUAUGUAGUACCCUUCUAAGAAUUGACUUGAGCUUGAGCACCUUUUACUAGUCAUUAUAAAUGGGUAGCUAUAGUGAUGGUGUUGGUCAAUUAUUUUGCUAUUGAGUAUCCACAUACACAAAUGGAUGAUGAUUCUUUGUUUAAUUCCUCAAUCGAUUGGAUCUUAUUGAUUCCAUAUGAAUGUCUGUAUUGAUCUAUCGUGUUUUUUAAUCAUUACAAUGUAAUUUUAUGCAAAAUAUUGUUCUACAAUGUAAUCACCACAAUAAUGAAGAUAUAUUAUUCUCCCAAAAUUAUACGAAAUUGGAACAAAUUAAAUGGGAAAAAAUCCAGGCUAGCUAGAGUCUGUUAAAAGGAAUAUAAUUGAGAUGCAAGUUUGUUUUCUAUAUCUUUUUUGUUGUUGUUUUGGGAACAUUCAAAUUGCAUCAUGCAUGCCCAUAUGAAAGAAAGGCCACAUACCCUUCAACCUUUUGGCUGCCUCCCUGAAAAGGAGAAAAGGAAUAUACUCCUCGAUCUUCCAUCCAAUUCAGAAGAGAUUGAUGAGAGAUGCUUUAUCAGAAGAACUAAAGGGGUUAUGAAGUUUCAAGAGAGGAUAGGGUGAUUCGAAUUCAUGAUUUAGUUCAAUUAUCUCAUUUUGUAACAAUCAAAUCAAAUUAUUUCAUUUGGUAAUACAAAAAUCGGAUAGAGAAUUUGAGUUCGGAAUUUUUGAUUUGUUAUGAGAUUCUUAUAAUUAUCUUAAAGGUGUAGAGCUAAUUCCAGUUGUUUCAUUACAAAUACUUCAUUUUGUAAAAUGAAGUAAUUCGGUUAAUAACCUCUUUUUCAAAUUGUUCCAUGCAAAUGAUCAUGUUUUGUCAUAAUAUCUCUCCUGGAUCCAUUAGAAUCUGACAUUGGAGAGGGAAAAGUUGAAAAGUUUAACAAAUUGGAGAAGUAUGUAUGGGAUAAUAAGCACACAUUCCUAAUUGUUAGGAAUGACAAUCAAAUCCACUUGUAUUGGACUGUUUGUGAUCUAAUCAACGCGGUGUAGAUAAAAUCCGCAAACAGAUUGAUGGAAAUGGAGAGAGUAUGAUUUUAGUCUCCCCACUUUAUAUCCAUACUCAUAUCCGGGUCACCAAGAAUAUUACUUUGUUUAUAAAAAUAUAGAGAUUAUAUUUUAAUCUGUCAAUGACAGAGGAAGUACAUGUUGUACCAGGAGUUGUUGUUGAGCGCGAGUUCGUCGAAGAUGAACGAGAAAAUGGAGGUGCAGGUCGAGAAGAACUGGAGGCUCGAGAUGGACCUGCCGCGAAGUUGGAUGGCGUGCGUGAGAUUCUCAGCAAUAAGGCUGAUCAAAUUAUAAAGCGAAUCGAGCAGAAUCAAAAUAGGAGAAUGAGAACUCGUAAUUCAUGAUUUUUUUUAUCCUUUGGAUCUCGUGAUGAAGUAUCGAUCAUAAGGUUUGCGAGGAUUUGUGUAGCAAUGCGACAGAAUGAAUAAAUAAAAUUGAGUCAGUUAGUUGCCUUUUAAGAAAUCAUUUUACAAUUAUGCCUAAUUAUCCUUUUAUGCGAUAUUCGUUCUUAUUUACCGCGCAAACUAAUAAUGAUGUACAUCUUAUUUACUUCAUUUUGGAUAUUUAUGAACUAAUUCGAUAAGAUAACAUUUUAUGCAUGCCUAUUGAAGUUAUAUUCAGUUAUCUGCUACCUAAAACCCAAAGAAGUGUACCCGUAGUACACUUUCGAUAUUGUCCAUGCAUUGCAUUGUCAUUUUGAUCAUUAACCCAUCUCAAAACGAUCUCAAUCUUCUUUUUAACUUGUACAAUAAUAACAAUGAGCAAGAAAAUAUGUGAAAAUCA